UCUAAGGUGUAAAAGUUUUGGCUACGUUUAUCUUACAUGGUACAAAAGCAAACUAAACGGAACAAGAAAAGACUGGAAAGAACUGAAGGCCUCUGAUUACGUGAGACAAUAUAACCAAGGUCGAAUGCAUAAAACUGUGACAAUUCGAGACUUAGUCAUAGAGAAUUUUGACACAAAUGACGAUGGAGUAUAUGUGUGUUACCUAACUAGAAACUAUGUCAAAUGGACAGCAUACACAGAGGAAUACAUCAAAAUGCCUGAUUUUGCAAAGCCAAAUAUUUCUAAAUUCCCGGAACCCGUGAUCACUUUUGAUCCCAGGUACAGUUAUGAUGUUGAGAAGUUUUACAAAGUAGAGGGUUUCCAAAGCUUACGAUUACAUGGUGGAAGAUUGUUGGCAGUCAAGAAGAGCUGUUGUAUAACUCGACAACCAAUAAAAACACAUAUGAUGACCUAUAUUUUGAACGAGAUUAUAUAUACUUCUAUGGUUUAUCGUUUCCAAAAGAUAAUGCAACUUUCAAAUGCGUUGUUACGAACAGGAUGGGAAAUGUUUCUAAAUCAUUUGCUUUGAAUAUUUUGGGUGCACCGAAGAUUAUAAAUAAAUCCAAAGGCAUCAAAACAGUUCAUGUUUACAAAGAUAGUCGUACUAAGACAAGAUUAAUCUGCAAUAUACAGAAAGGAAAUCCCGAAAAAUUUGUGGUUGUUUGGGAAGGACAGUUUACCCAGUGUUUUGAAGAUAACUGUAAACCAAACAACUCGUACUGGGAAGAGAUCACAAACAAGGAAAAUGUCUAUGAAAUCAUCACAACGUCAACUAAAAGUACUUUAAUACUACUCGAGGAAAAUGUAAAGAAUUAUUUCUAUCAAUGCACAGUAGAAAACACUUUUGGAAGGGCUUAUCAACAAUGGAAGGUUGUACCAGUAAAAGGUUCUAAGCCAUUGCAAGCAGUUGAACAUCAUGUAUUUGUUGAUGAAAUGAAAAAGGCGAAGUUGUCUUGUAAAGUUACUUCCCAAACAUCUACUCUUAUCAGUUGGACAUUUAACAACAAACCUAUUUACGUUGGUUCGCGAGUGGAAAUAGUCAAUACAUCAAUAAAUAACAGCGUAUACAAUUCUCUUUUUAUCGAUAAUGUCAACGUCAGUGAUAGUGGUACAUACACAUGUUAUGGUCAUUUCGCUGGAGUUUUAGUAGUUGAGACGAUCACUUUGAGUGUGCGAGUAUUGAUGGCACCAAACGUUUCCCUCAACAAUAUUGUACAAAGACAGGAUUCUUCUUUUGAAAUCGAUUGUCAUGCAUCCGGUUAUCCUCCUCCUGAAAUCGAAUGGAAAAAAACGACGAAGUAAUAAAA